AUGUCGUUGGGCCCGAGCAUACCUACAUUAGAUGGCAAGGCCCACGUCGCCCAACUUGUGCGAGGAAACGUAUCGCUUGUUGCCAUCGUCAACUCACAGAUUUCGCACGAGCAAGUCAAAUCGUGGACAUCUCAGAUUGCAGAAAGGUGGAGGAGCCAUGAGCGUUUCCGGUUCAUCCAUGUGAACUUGCAGCAGAAUCCAUUACGCACAUUUCUAGUAUCCUUCUUUACAUCGGGUUUGAAGAAGACUAUCCCCCGUCACUUCCACCAGACGUACAUACUUUCCUAUGACAACGUGGAUUAUAUUCGGGAAGCAAUUGGGCUGGAAAACAAGUUUGUGGGCCAUCUCUAUCUUGUCGAUUGGGAAGGGCGUAUUCGAUGGGCGGGAUGCGGUAGCCCUUGGAACGGUGACAACUCUGUUUCAACAGCAGGGCAUAUGUUGCCUAUACCUGAAGGGGGUCCGUCCGGGCAGGUGGCAGAGGGCAUAGUCCAGGGGCUAGGCGAGACUUGA